AAACGUAUGGUUUCAAAUCCAGAAAACCUCCCAAACAAGUGACUGAGCUAAAAUCUUUUGAAGACGACAUGCUAACCAUGAUCCAGAACAUCAAGUUUAGACCUGUAAAAUGCAGCUUUCAGAAACAAUUGAACAAUGAUGUCAAGACCUACAUCAAGAAACCAGACACGGUAGUUGUCCCUGCGGAUAAAACGACAAAUUUUUACGCAUUGCAAAAAUCCUGUUAUCAAAAGCUCAUCACCGAAAAUGUGACCAAAACAUACAAGAAGUCAACUAAUAAAACUGUCAAACAAAUCAAUAAGAAAGCCGCUAGUAUAUCGAGGAAGCUUAAAUUAGAUGACCGAAUCGAAGUGCUAGCACAGAAAGAAGCCUUUAUAACUUUGAAAGACCAUAAACCCGAAUUCCAAAACCAUCCUACAUGCCGUUUAAUCAACCCCACCAAAUCCGAGAUUGGUGUAAUUAGCAAACACAUCCUCGACGAAAUAAAUGCAGCAAUUAUUAACGCAACACAGAUAAACCAAUGGAAAAACACAUCAAGUCUUUUGAGAUGGUUUAACAACUUGGAAAACAAAAAAUCGUUCUCGUUUAUAUCUUUUGACGUUUGUGACUUCUACCCAUCCAUAACCGAGAAAUUACUGAAUAAAGCAUUAGAUUUCGCCAGCAAAUACCGACACAUCAGUAAGCAAGAACGCGACAUCAUCCUACAUACAAAACAGUCGCUAUUAUUUUGGGAUGGCAAACCAUGGGAGAAGAAAAAUUCAAACAACAAAUUUGAUGUAACCAUGGGAUCAUUCGACGGAGCAGAAACGUGUGAGCUGAUAGGGUGCUAUCUCCUGUCCAUCCUUACGAUAAAGUCCGGCCAGAACAUCGGACUUUAUCGAGACGACGGCCUAUCAGCAUUCCAACACACACCACAAGGGAUUGAACGAAUAAAAAAAGAUCUGUGUAAAACCUUUCGCGAGAACGACUUAAAGAUCACAAUCGAAGCUAACGUAACCGUUGUCAAUUUUUUGGAUGUCACGCUCGAUCUAAAAAGUGGCAAACAUUGGCCGUACUCCAAACCAGGAAACGUUCCCUCGUACGUGCAUGUAAAAUCUAACCACCCCCCAAUAAUUUUGAGAAACAUCCCUGAAGCCAUCAACAAACGCCUCUCAGAACUAUCGUCAGACGAAGAUUGCUUCAAUAAAGCCAAACCCUUAUAUCAAGAUGCAUUGAACAAAAGUGGCUACAACUACAACUUAAGAUAUAACGAUGCACCGCAAACACACAGAAACCGACCUAGGAACAUUACAUGGUUUAACCCACCCUACAGUAGAAAUGUUGAAACCAAUGUAGGAAAAUGUUUCCUCGAAUUAAUCGACCGUCACUUUCCAAAAUCAAACCCACUCAGCAAAAUAUUUAAUCGCCACAACCUCAAACUAAGCUACAGCUGUAUGAACAACAUUAAAACUAUGAUCUCGGGCCACAACAAAUCUCAAUUAUCCAAACCAAAGGCCACCGCCGAUACAACGAAAAAUUGCAAUUGCAAAAAAAGUCCUUGCCCAAUGGACAAGAACUGUCAGGCUGACAGCAUAAUAUACCAAGCUGAAGUAACUACGGAGGAUUCGCAAGAAACGUACGUCGGACUUUGCGAUACUGAAUUCAAGUUAAGGUAUAACAAUCACCAAUGCUCGUUCAAUCAUGAAAGGUAUAGAAACGUAACGCAGUUAAGUAAACACAUAUGGAACUUGAAAGACCAAAAGCUCAAAUACCAAAUCAAGUGGAAGCAAGUAAGACAAGCUAGAUCAUACACCAACGUCAGCAAAAAAUGCAACUUGUGCUUAUGGGAGAAAUAUUAUAUAAUACGUCAACGUAAGACUGCAACGCUCAACAAAAGAAGUGAACUUAUGUCGGAAUGUAGACAUUUAAAGAAAUUUUUAUUGGACAAUGCAAUUACUUAGUUAGAACGAUGAACUAUAGUUUUUUAACACUUAGCAUAUAAACAUUAUCUUAAUCCAUCCGUGAAACAAUACAACAAUGAACAUAAUAAUGUAGAGACAAUGAACCCCAUACACUUAGAUUUUAUACAAAUUUAAUAUGACUUUUUAGCAUUUUUAAUUUAUUGUAAUUUUGUUUAUCAAUGAACUUGUCAUGUAACAUCUUCGAUCGGCAUUCGCCUGACGAUUGCUUCAGCAGAAGCAUGAAACUCGGAGUAGCGAUUAAAUGUUUUUAAAUUAAGAAGUCUCUCUUAACUAUAUAUAUAUAUAUAUAUAUAUUGCAUCAAUCACCACUAUAAGGCCAUAUAAAAAAAAUAGUUGGUUAUCGUCCUUAGCUUUUGCCAAAAAGUGGGCGGGCGGGCGCUUUUUUUUAAAUUUUUACUAAUUUUUAACGACUUUAACGCCUUGGUUUUACUCACUGUUAGGUCCGAAACUGGAUUUUCUUGCGCAGUACAGAUAUUUUUUUAUAUAUUUCAAAAUAUAAUUCAUACCGUCAUUUUCGCACGCAAUUUCGCAAAUUAUUAACACAAUUGACUGCAGUCAACAGAAAUACUACAUAUAUUAGAGCCCGUUGAUCAAUAAAAGUCGGGGUUUUUUUAAAUAAAAAAUAAAAAAAAUCCUGAGCGGGGCCUUUUUUGUGGGCGGGCGGGGACGCUAACCAACUAUUUUUUUUUAUGUGGCCUAAGUACGAGUGAAACAGAAGUUUCUGUCCCUGAAGAAAAUUUGUUGUUGGAAGCAGUUUUCCCUUAUUUUUUGUAUGAAAUAUUGAUACAUCCAGACGGUACUACAGUAUGGUGCCCUGAGCAUGCGCAAAAAGAAGUGCACCACAAGCGCAAAAACAUACUAUUUUUGAAUAAAUACCAAAGCUUAUGCUUCCGAACGGACUGAGAAACUAACAGAUUAACAAACUCGCGCAGCGAAUGGGCAUCGCAACUAGUUAAAUUUUGCCUCGGUAAACUGUUUGCACAGAAUGCAAGAAAGGAUUCGCUGGAAUUUAAUUUUGGUGCAGUGCCCGUCUGUUUUAAUCGCAAAAUGACCAAACGUUUCGAGCCCCUCAUAAAAACGCAAUUUGGCGUCACAUUAGCCUCCGACCUCUCUCACCGAUAACACAUACUUCAAUGUAGUUUCCCAAAAUUUGGUGCUUUACAAGCAGUAUAUUCACAAUAGAUUUGUCAUACGUUUUCCCCGUUCCUUUUGAAAAAAUUCACAUCGCAGCCGCCAGGCUGAAUUACGUAUUAUUUACAACAAUUGGGUUUAAUUAAUUAAUAUAUUUAAUUAUCACUUGUUUACUGAGACCGAGGGAAACAGUGUGUUUUGUAGACCUGAGACCGCAACAACCGGCGGUCGAGGGCCACAAAACACACUGCUUUCCCGAGGUCUCAGUAAAUAAGUGUUUUGCUCAAAGAGUGUAUAAGUGUCAAAGUAUGAAUAAUUCACUGGUUAUAGGAGUGAACUUAAUUUGAAACCAAAACUAACUGGAUAAAUGGAACGCCGUAAAUUUUUAAUAAAAAGUUUAGAAAAUAAACUUUGGAACUUCAUGGUUGAAGCGCAUGCGCAUUGCAACCAUCCUAUUGUUAACCGUUUAAUAACUGUUACAUUGUUGAUGUUGACCGGUUGCCUCCUCGCCAAAGCCUGCAGUGAACAUGACGUUUUGUGGACCGGCACGUGAUACGGUUUUGUCCAAUCGGCAAACAGAAAAAUUGAACUCUGACACUAACUAUAUAACAACUAAAUUUAUACGAUCAAAAUUACAAAAUGUGCGACGAGUAUACUUUUUAAAAAACUGUAACGAUUCACAGCCCUUCGUUUGGCUGUGCUUAACAUACUACUGUUCAUAUUUAAUUAGUUUUGUAUCAAUUUUUAAACUUUAGGUUGCAUUAAUUGUUUCUACAAUCUUGGACAUAACUGGUUGAGACUAUUUUCCCCCCGUAGAAAAUUCGC